CAUCAAGGCUAUCAAGAGUGGACAAUAAAUGUAAACAUAUACAUCAUUCAAAAAACCAAGUAGAGCACGUGUAGAAGCACGUGAUAACCUCAUAAGCAUGGCACUACGCAUGAGAUCAAAAGAUUUGAGACAAGUGCCAUGGUUGUCUCCGGAGGAAUGGCACAAUGUGUACAAGCAAAUUUACUCCAACAACUCGGUUGAACAAACGAAAGCGUACGAAACACUUCUGGCAUGGAAAGCCAGAAUGCCAAAAUUACCGGUAGGCGUGGAAUGCACCUUGUUGAUCUUGCAAGUGUGCCUUCGCGAUCGCGAAUGGUCGCCCAAGAUUGACAAUGGCGAGUUGCCGAUGUACUCUGAAAAUGACUUAAGCCUGAUAUACUCAACCACCAUAAUGAGAUUUUUUAAUCACAUAACGAAUAUAGAAUACAUAAAGCACACGUCCCUGUUAAAGGUCGCCAAGCUAGUAAAACUCCCAACUUGGAUAAUUAAUAUAAGGCAUCAAGCUGCUCAUGGACAUGAAUUGCCGUCUAUUGCGGUGUUAAGGAUAGCGAUUAAUAUAUUACUUCACUGGUUACAUAAUGAGUAUUGGGCACCAGAGGCACGUGCUAUGGAAGAACGUUGCAUGACAAAUUUUGAUGUCUUAGAAGAUGAAGAACAUUUGAGAAAACGUACUUUUGCACGAUUGAUAGAACUGUGGAUAACUGUUGGUUUGUAUAUCAAGGCUGGUCAUGAAUUAGUGUCGGACUUACCGGUAAAGGAAAUACGGGAAGAAUUGGAGGAACUACGAAUUUACAUGUUGCAUCAGUACAAGCACACCAAAACUUCAAACAAUAAUGAGGAUGUGUGCGUAGUCAUUGACAGAAAAACUAUAAAAAUUGGCAAUCAGUACAGUUUAAAAAGUGCACGAGCUUUACUCUUAGCUAAUAUAUCUGUACAGCUAACUGAUGAAACAUUAUUUAAUCUGCAGAAACAGAUUUCAGUUAUUUGUAACAUGUUGUGCGAAAUCAAAGCUUUUUUACUGAAUUUUGAUAUCGUGGAAAUUGUUGAACAGAAAACAAGAAAUUCUAUUAUCGACUUAAAAAGGAAAUUUUUAUCACCUAAGGUACUUCAAUUUUGGAAAAGUAUUAUUUUGUUAUUGCAUAGAGUUCGAGCGUUAGAGACGCUGAUGCUCAAGCUGCUCGAUAUUGUGAACCAAGAAGAAGAGAGCAAAGAAAGAAGAAAUUUCGCCGCUUUAUGGUUAAGUUCUAUUGUCUACAGUUUUGUUCAGUUGAAUAUUGCUCACAAUAUUUCUCAUACGUUGGAGUUCAAAUCAGACGUGGAACUAUCUAUAAUGAAUAUAAACGAACGUCUCAGAAAGCUUGUACAUUCCAAACAUGCCUACCUGAGGCAUGUCUUGUGGUUAGAUAUAACGAGCACUGUACCACGCUUUCUCGUUGAUAUCGAUUUUUUAUCGAAUCUUUUAUUACAUGUUAACGAAUUCUCCGCGAGAUUGAUAGAACCAAUUCUGAUGUUGGUUGCGACGAGGAUAGACAAGAAAACGAGAGGACAAUUAUUAAAUUUGGUAAAAAUUUAUACAUUUCAAAAAUACAAGGAUGAAAGCAACGAUGUUUGCGACAAGAUAUUCACCAUCGAAGAUCUUUCUGAAACUUCAAUAGAAAGUGAAGCGCGCAUAAACAAGGAACAACCAAAACAGAUUGUUUUGGCAGAUCAAAUAAUCCGCAAUUCUCAGUGGAAACUAGCACUUGAUACGUAUCAAUGGAAUAAAUGUCCUAUCGGGUUACUGCCAUGGCAGGAUUCACUGAAAAGUUUAGAGCCAUUUGACCUGAAACCGACGAAACAUCCUGUUUCAGUUCUAGAAUCGCAAAUAGUUCCUGGCAUUAUAAAUCCUAAAAAAUUAAAAAUAGAAAGCAGUAUUAAGCAGGACAAUAUAUUACGAAAUAAAAAGAGGAAAAUAUCUUGCAAGAAUAUAGCCAUAGGUAAUAUAAUGAAUAGCGCGCUAGAAUUUGCUAAGAAUACAAAUAAUAUAAAUGUAUAGAUAUUAUAUUAUCGUUUAUCACAAAGAGUAAAUAAUCUACAAAAAAAAAACAAAUUAUAUAUUUAUUUGUAAUAAACUUGAAGACAAACAUUUAUAUGUGCCGUUUACAUUGAGAGCAGUAAAGCUUGCGCUGCAUAUAAAUUCAAACUUUUUUUUCUGAUAAUAUAUUAUAGAAAUAAGAUAUAUAUAUAUCUCUCUCUCUUUCUCUCUUGUUGUGCAUUAUGUAUUUACAUAAUGUACUUCUCGUCAUUAAUAUACAACCAUAUUCACAUAUCAUUAAAUAACAUUUGUCUAUUUUCUUUUUUCUCUAUCACAUCACUUAAAAAUAUAUUAAGUUAUUUGAAAAUUAUUUAUAUAUAAAAGUAUUAAGUUUUUUUUAAUAUCACAACAUCCAAGCACCAUUGCUUCAACUUAAAAAAAACUAUUUAAAUUUGUGUGCAUAUUUUAUACAUGUACAUAUACAUAUAAAUUAUACACACAUACG